GAUAAUUUUUUUCGAAAAGGAGCAAACAAAACCGAAACCAAUCAACGCUACUGUACAUUAUCACUCUCUACCCAACGAAAAUACUGGACGCAGAAUAGGUGCACUCUACAAAAGCCGCAUAUGCUUGCUCUUUUUUUUACAAUUCACUCGACAGCUGCCGCUUUCAAAGUUCAGCCCCUCCUGUACCCUAAUAAUUUAUUCCAAAUUCAUCAUCACUCCGAUGCUGGCUUCAGUUAACGAGCUACGUACUACUAGAGCAACACUUUGGCGUGGAAACUCAAGAGAAACACAAGAGGAAUACAAACAACAGGAAAAAAAAAAAAUAACGAAAAAAAAACCCGUCGCCCAUGUCGCCGCCACACGGACAGAGACUGCCUCCUUCACAACUAGGGCAUCGCGUGAGAAUGAAGCCAUUGGCAGUCUUCAAUUUAGACGGCAUUCCGUACAUUGCUCCCUCCGAAGAUUCAAUGGCCUUUCAGAAAUCAAACGAAAACGUGAACAGCACCGAGAGCAGAAGCAACAACAAAAAGAUGCCCCCGAAUAUGACGGCCGAGACUCCAGCUGAGAGCGAACAAACCAUUCGGAAUCAACACAACCCUGAGCUCCGUAUUACAGAAAUAGACAACGGCACUGACUCGUCGACAGAGACAGAGAUAUCGAUGGAACUUUCCGUGCAUAAGGGCGAGGCUUUACGAAUACGGAGCAAAAACGGCAAAAGCAAUGCCAACGAUGAAUCUGAUGUGUGUACUGCGGCGCAACCAAAACAAUCGUGGUGGAUGACAGCCGAUGAGAAUUUCCUAGAACAAUGGAUCAUGGAGAAGCUGGACAAAAUAAUUUCGAAAGCGGAACACGAAGAAGAAAAAUACCUCAUGGACGUUUGGGACGAACGAAUUCUGAUGCAACAGCUCUUGCACGCAAUCAAUGCCGCCAAAGGCCAUUGCCGAGGAGAAGAAAGAGAAGACAAGAGAUUAGGAACAUCGGCAGAAACAAUGGAAAGGACGACCGAGAACGACAACAACAACAACAAGCAAGGGGCUGGGGUGAAGGAAACAAAGAAUGUCAUGUUAUCGGUUUCUGAGGACAAUGAAAGUCUCGAGAGCAAGGACGAGGAAAGUUGCGAAACGCCAAUGAAUGCAAGGCUGGAGUCAGUGUUGGGCGUUAGGGAUACGGCGCAGCAAAAGAAAAAGAAACUUAUGGAUCUAGUGACAACAAAGGCUGUAUCACGUUCACAAAAGCAAUUGCCAGGGAUUUCUUCAGUGACCCGCGAUCCAGGAGUAGCAUCAGUACAAAAACCUAUUAGUAACAGCAAAAGAAAUGAAGGAUCACUGCUUAAAAUCACGAAGAUUCGACGAGCCCUUCCGAAAUGGAUUCCAACCAGCAGUGCUUCCGAAAACGAAGAUGAUAAAAUGAAUUUAUUAUUUUCACCGGAAGACUUUCGAUCGAGUGUGAUCGGGUCGGUGCACAACCAGCUCCCCCAGGCCGUUCGGGACCACCCCAAGUCCCUUUUGUACAUUGAGAUUACCGAUCCACACCCCGGCGAUCCCUGUUCCUACCUCCUGGAAGCCCACGCCACACACGAUCACGAUGGAUUGGAACAUCUCAGAGCCACUACCGACGCCUACAUUCGAUCAAAAAUUGCCGCAGUGAACCUUCGGCUACUAUUAGAGGAUGGCUUCUCAUUGGAACUCGACGUUCCGUUGAGCCUUCGAGAACCCAUCGGCGUGAGCUUCGCCAAGUUUAGCGUCAAACACAAGGGGAGUAAACAGGAUCGCUGCGAUGCAAAUCAAAGACAAGACAGUACCAACAAUACAGCUCAUUCACCGCAACCGAAAGGUAUCUGGAUCAAGGAUGUUCUGCCUUGCAAGGGAUUGGCCAAGGCCAUGGGAGGACACGAAGUAUUCGAUUUCGGAGCGGCCGUCUUGGCAGUGAAUGAAUUGGCCGUUUCGGACCCUCUGGACCUCCAAGAGCUGUUAGUGAAGGCUAAAAAAGCUUCCCAAGAAUCCAUCAUAUUGACGAUUUGCAUUUCCAAGGACUCAGAUCUCUGCAGGAUACCCAUUCAAAAGCUGGAAAGGGAAUUCAAAAUUCGAAGACGAGACAAAACCGCGUAUGACCCAGCAGUAUAUCAAAAACUUCGAAACCUUCCCUUCAAUUCCUCAAGCCCAGAACUGAACUCAACGUCGCCAAAAGCAUACACUAUUGCGACGGGAGCAAAACUGCACGAAGGAAUACCAGUGGGAGGAAUGGAACGAGACGAUUCCAAUAGAGGAAAAACGAAAACUGUUCCUUUGGAAGGAAGUGCCUCCACAAAACUGCCUGCCUCUUUGGAUAAAUCAACCUCUGUAGAAAACCUUCCCGCACUUUCACCCGGUUUUGCACAAGCAAGAUCACCGAUAGCACCUGCCCAAGAAAAGCUUUAUAAAGCAACUUCAUCAGUAGAAAACGGAAAAGAGGUUCCUUCGAAAAUAAUUGCCACAAAACCAAUUACUCAGAAAACGCUCGACGUGUUUGAUGAAUCAUCUCGUUCCGAAAAGAAUCCCGCCUUUUCGCUAGAUCCAGCACUGGCAACAUCAUCAUCGACAACUUCAGCAACAGAGAAGCCGACCAGAGCACCAUUAUCAUCAGGAAAUCAAAAGGAAGACAGUGUUUUCAAAGAGACCGAUGAAGUUUCUUCGAAAAAACCUGCUCCACGCAGCAGUAGUGCCUCCUCAUUGAACCCAGUGUCACCAUCAUUACGGUCAGAUUUAUCAACAGGAAAUGCUGGAGCAGAACACUUUCCAAAAAAGAAGAGAACUCUUCCUGCAAAAAUUCCGGCGAAGGAAAUGAUAUCGACUGAGGCCAACGGCACCAGCACCAGUCAAAAGGAGGUCAAUGGAUUGGAUCAUGGUAGCAACAAAUCGAAUAGCGACUCAUUGGUAAUGACAGCUUCUCCCGAUGGGUCGAAACAACGGGAUAGUAGCAAAUCAUUGAAAUCUGGCAAGUCACAAAUUGGAAACACAGCACUAAAAGCAAUGAAUUAUAGCAAUAAUCAGACAGAAGUCCAUAAUGGCCCUGAAAUGCCAACCAACAAAAGUGGACGGAAACAACAAGGCGAAGCCGCAAUCAAAACCACAACUUUGAACGCAGUCACUGAUUUGAUCGACUCAGAUGACGAAAAUGAUGUAGCAGGAAAUGAAAUCUGCACGACGGAAAGCAAAAAUAGGUCGAAAAAUUCCUAUCAUCAUUUUGAACGAAGAUAUAAAAAGCUGAUACAGCUCGACUUCCGAGAUACAAGAAUAUCAGAGAAAGCAGUUUGUUUCGGCAUGUGGGAACAGCACAAAAUCCACAUUGGGGGUACAUGCGGCGACGAUUGCAAAUGUCACAUGACUCUCUCGAGAACAUUUGCCAACGAUAUGAUCAAAGCCUAUGUAAAAAAAGAAUUUAAAUGGAAGGACGACGAUUUGGACUUACAGGCUACAGAGAAAGAUCUAAAGGAAAAGACUCGCGGGAUUUUUCUAUAUUUUUUCCCGAGAUUCAUUGGCAAAUUAGCAAAUCAAUAUCCAAACGAGACAGGAACGAAGUUGAUCGAAAGGCUUGUAGAAAUGUGGCAUACGCACCAGCAGACUCGUUUGAACAGUGGUAUGUUUGGCGUGCGUUGCUCAGAAGACUGCCAGUGCGAAGUUUGCUGGGAGGGUUUAUUUGGAAAGGGUCAACCAAAGAGGUUCGGAAGUGACCCUUCGACACGAAAGGGCGACCAAAAUUCCGAGAAAAGAAACGCACAUUCUACUUCACUUCAAGUUGCAUCAACGCCCGCAAGGAAAAAAUCCCGCCAAACAGAGACCGGCCAUCGCCCAUCUUUUUUUAGCGCUUCUGUCGAACUUCCGUUCGAAAUAGUAUUCAAUACAAUCAAACCACUAGGAGGCUAUUUUAGAACAGAAAGAGGCCAAAAUGGUGAGUCGAAAUGCCUUCUUCUUUCCAAGUGUGAUUCAGGACCGAUGGCUACAGAUGAUAGGAUUAAGGUAGGAACGCAAGUCACGGCGGUGAUGGUAGGAACGCACCGAAACGCUGUAUCACACCAUCACCAACUCCAAGAUUUCUAUGGUUCUGCAAAGCGGGGAAGAAAGAAUCUUUGCGUCAUUUUUCAAAAUGAUCGGCACUGCAAACAAGAAACUCUUACCGCCUCACGGAGCAACUGGACUCGAACCGGUGCUUGGACAGGAAAAAUUAAAGGUGGGUGGAGUGGAGGAACUGCACUCGCACAGCCAAAGCACCGGUAUCAACAACAGGACAUGCAUUUAGAAAAUGCGCUGAAAGGAUCAGUAAGAUCUUCCAGGGAUACGAAUCAACGUCCUUAUCCUAGGCCACCGUUCAAUCACGAAUUUUCUGGUGCAGGGAGCCCCAGAUUUCACGGCGCAUUCAGCCCUGGAGGUGACCAACGACCCCGAGGUUCCUCCUCUCAAGAACACUUUAUUGAUACCGUGCGCAACAAAUCAUGUAGAGAUCUGAUUAGCUUGCUGGAAAAUGGACCCGAGUUUAGCCAUGAGUUCGUUGCUGAUGUCUUACAGCCCCAGAACCUUUACCUUACAGAAGAACUUAAGAAAUUGAAUAUUCAUUCUGCAACUGGAAGAAACACGGAGGCAAAAAAGAAGGUUGUCAAGGUUUAUAUCAAUAGUGCCUAUCUAAUACAAAAAGCGAUGUCAUUGCGGACCUGGUCGUUGGUGUAUAUUGAGCUGAAAUCUUUGUGUCUCGACAGAGCCAAUCCGGCCGAAGAUUUUGGACGAAGUGACAUAAUAGGGACCGAGGUUCGGACUAGAUCUCCGGAUGCAGAACUAGGCCGUCUUCCGGCUCUGCCGCUAGGGCACAGAAUUGACUACCCGGCGAAUAGAUUCUCUACACACAACAACUACAUGAUGUCCCUCGAGAAUCGACAACUGGAAGUAAAGAUUUUGAAAGGAGAUCCUCACAGGGAUCGUUUCCGACCCAAAGAAGUCGGUACAAUUGCUAUACCACUCAAUGAUAUAGAACGGAUAUGGUGAGAUAACCUUUUGGAAUUGAUGGCAGUUUGGACGUGGUAUGGAUUCUCCCAUCACACAAAUUAUUUCGUUGCUCGUUCUGAUGCAAACGUCUUCGUUCUUUCUCGUCUCUCCCGUUUUCCAUUGUUCCGCUCAUCGAUGAUUUGCAAGCCCGUCCGAUGGGUCCUGGUUCGAAAUUUCCAAGCGAUUGGAAGGCGUUGGCACGAUUGCCUUGCACGUCCAGAGAAGGACCGCCGACAUCGAAUACAUCACCCUGAAGAGGCAAGAAAUCGAGGCCACGAUCAAAACCCAGAUCGAGACCGUCGAACGAUUCAACGAGGAAUACUCCCGUUCCCUACAGACCAAGAUUACCUCGAACGUUCGUGGUAUCCACGGAAUUUCCUUGCUCUACGCCGCCAUCGAGGCGGCGAGCGAACCGCGGCUGAUCGAUCGAAUCCUAUCGACGGGCGCCGAUCCCCGGCAGCGGUCCCAGCAGGGCUCACCGCUGGAGCUGGCGCAGAGGCUUUACGAUCGGUGCCUCUCCAAGGCCAGGGACGCCCGAACCAUGGGCCGGCCACACGAAUACCUCGUGGCCCAGGAUCAACAGCGGGCGAGGGCAAAGGCUGUGCUAGAUGCACUGCUGAGUCCCAGUUACCGCCACUACCACCCACUCCCGCAGAGGUACUGAGCACACGCAUAUUUGGGGCAAGAGAGAACGAGGAAUGCUGUUCUAGAGUACAGUACCGCGGGUCAGCGGCAAGAGGUGGAAAACCCCAUCCUACGGAGCAUUGUCUGGAAUGGGAUCUUCCGGUGUUACUACGUAAUUG